CAUUGCGCCACUCCAUUCCACGGAAUUCUAGUUAGAAGUAUUGAGUAUACUCGUCUGUUAAGUGCAUCAUUUGUUAAAUAUAUCAAUUUAACUGGACAUUAAGGCAUAGUUGCUUUAAAUUGAUUGAUAAAAAAUAUAUGAUAAAAACGAAGAUGGCUUCAAAAGCUGAAGAUGUGGAAACUUUCGCCUUUCAAGCAGAAAUUGCUCAACUUAUGUCAUUGAUUAUCAAUACCUUUUAUUCUAAUAAGGAAAUUUUCCUGAGAGAACUGAUUUCAAACUCUAGCGAUGCUCUUGAUAAAAUACGCUAUGAGUCUUUAACAGAUCCUUCUAAGCUUGACAGUGGUAAAGAAUUGUUUAUUAAAAUUAUUCCAAAUAAAAAUGAUGGCACUUUGACCAUCAUUGAUACUGGUAUUGGUAUGACCAAAGCUGACCUGGUAAAUAAUCUUGGUACAAUUGCCAAGUCUGGUACUAAAGCUUUUAUGGAAGCGCUUCAAGCUGGUGCAGACAUAUCCAUGAUCGGGCAAUUUGGUGUAGGUUUUUAUUCUGCCUAUUUAGUAGCAGAUAAGGUGACUGUUGUUUCCAGACACAAUGACGACGAACAGUAUCUAUGGGAAUCUAGUGCUGGCGGAUCAUUUACUGUUAGACGCGAUAUCGGAGAACCAUUAGGGCGAGGAACAAAGAUUGUUCUACAUAUAAAGGAAGAUCAAACUGAAUACUUAGAAGAGAGUAAAAUCAAAGAAAUUGUAAAAAAGCAUUCUCAAUUCAUUGGUUAUCCAAUUAAAUUAGUAGUACAGAAGGAACGUGAAAAGGAGCUGAGCGAAGAUGAGGCUGAAGAAGAAGAAGAAAAGAAAAAAGAGGGUGAUGGAAAACCAGAGGUUGAGGAUGUAGAGGAAGAAGAAACAGCAGAAGGUGAAGAAAAGAAAAAGAAGAAAAAGACUAUUAAAGAAAAGUAUACCGAAGAUGAAGAAUUGAACAAAACAAAACCCAUCUGGACUAGGAAUCCUGAUGAUAUAACGCAAGAAGAAUAUGGUGAAUUCUACAAAUCAUUGACAAAUGAUUGGGAAGAUCAUUUGGCUGUUAAACACUUCUCUGUAGAAGGUCAAUUGGAAUUCAGAGCUUUACUUUUUGUACCACGGCGUAUGCCAUUUGAUUUAUUUGAAAAUAAGAAGAGGAAAAAUAAUAUUAAACUGUAUGUAAGGAGAGUGUUCAUUAUGGACAAUUGUGAACAGUUAAUUCCGGAAUACUUAAAUUUUAUGAAGGGAGUAGUCGAUAGCGAAGAUCUUCCACUAAAUAUCUCUCGCGAAAUGCUUCAACAAAAUAAAAUCUUAAAGGUUAUUCGUAAAAACUUGGUUAAAAAAUGCAUAGAAUUGUUUGAAGAACUCACGGAGGACAAGGAUAACUAUAAGAAAUUCUAUGAACAAUUUAGCAAAAACAUUAAAUUAGGUAUUCAUGAAGAUAGUUCUAAUCGUAAUAAAUUGUCAGAUCUUUUGAGGUAUCAUACCUCAGCUUCUGGAGAUGAAGUAUGCUCUCUUAAGGAUUAUGUAGGCAGAAUGAAAGAUAAUCAAAAGCACAUUUACUUUAUUACUGGGGAGAAUAAAGAACAAGUUGCAAACAGUUCAUUUGUUGAACGUGUUAAAAAACGUGGCUUUGAAGUAGUUUAUAUGACAGAACCUAUCGACGAAUAUGUAGUGCAACAAAUGAAAGAAUUUGAUGGUAAGCAAUUGGUAUCUGUAACCAAAGAAGGAUUAGAACUUCCCGAGGACGAAGAAGAGAAAAAGAAAAGAGAAGAAGACAAAGCUAAAUAUGAAAAUUUAUGUAAAGUAAUGAAAAAUAUUCUUGAUAACAAAGUAGAAAAGGUUGUUGUAUCAAACCGAUUGGUUAAUUCUCCUUGCUGUAUAGUAACUUCACAAUAUGGCUGGACUGCCAAUAUGGAAAGGAUCAUGAAAGCUCAAGCUCUUAGAGAUACUUCUACUAUGGGAUACAUGGCAGCAAAGAAACACCUUGAGAUAAAUCCGGAUCAUGCUAUUAUCGAAACCCUUCAUCAAAAAGCACAGGCUGAUAAAAGUGAUAAAGCAGUAAAAGACUUAGUAAUUUUGUUGUUUGAAACAGCACUUCUUUCUUCAGGUUUUACAUUGGAUGAACCACAAGUUCAUGCUGCAAGAAUUUAUAGAAUGAUCAAGUUGGGACUUGGUAUCGACGAAGAAGAAUCUAUACCAGAAGAGCAAACAACAGAGGAAGUUCCACCUUUGGAAGGAGAUACAGAAGAUUCUUCACGAAUGGAAGAAGUUGAUUAAGUUUAAGAUCUGAAUAUGACAUCAAUGCUUAACGUCAUUGUAGUCAUUGAAAGACUGAUAAAAUAGCCACGUUUUAUGUGGUAUUAUAAACAAAAUUGUCUGAUACCAAAUACUUUGGAAUUAAGUAAAAUUUACAAUAAAAUUUAUUACGAUAUA